AACACACACAACCACAAUCUCCUCCUCAUGACGUUCCAAAAUACACACAACCACAAUCUUCUUCUUCCUCAUAACAAAACCACAAUCUCCUCCUCAACCCCCAAAAUCUCCAACCUGAUUUUUAGGGGUUGAUCCUAAUUACUAACAUGUUUCGAUCCAAACUAGUGUUAUCCUUUUCCCUCUUAAUCAUGAUCUUAACAACGGUCGAAUCCAAAGUGUCCCAAGACCUGCGACUUAGCAUUAGGCUCGUACUACGUCUGGCCCAAUGCGUCCAUCUGGUUAAUACACCUAAUAUCAGGCAAUUCAAUGGAUGAAAUCCUUAGCUACAACACAGAUACUAUCAUCUAUGAGAACAUCAUCGGAACUAGAAUCGACUUCCCCUUCAGCUGCGACUGCAUCCAUGACAGAGUUCUUGGGCCACGUUUUCACUUAUGUUCCAGAGUCUCGCAACACGUUUGAUGAGGUUGCCAAAUGGGACUACGCAAACCUGACUACGGCCGCGAUGUUGAUCCAGUACUUUCAUUACUGCACUUCCACUUAUGCGUGGUUCAAUGUGACGGUGAAUUGUUCCUGUGGAGACGCGUCGGUGUCAAAGGAGUACGGGUUGUUCAUCACGUACCCGCUUCGGGUUGAGGAUAGCUUGGAGUCGAUUGCGGCCGCUGCGAACUUGAGUACGGAUUUGCUGCAGAGCUACAACCCGGUUGUGGAUUUUAGCGCGGGGAAUCAUUUUUCAUCACCUUUUUUUAUAUGA